GCGCCGCCGGCCCCGCCCGCCGCCGCCAUGGCCGGUAAGCCCCGCAGCGGCUGCGAGGCGCUCCGGGUGGUGGCCCGGUGCCGGCCCAUGAGCCGGCGGGAGGAGGCGGCGGGAUACGAGCGCGUCCUGGAGCUGGACGUGAAGCUGGGCCAGGUGAGCAUCCGCAACCCCCGCGCCGCCCCCGGGGAGCUGCCCAAAACCUUCACCUUCGACGCCGUGUACGACGCCAGCUCCAAGCAGGCCGACCUCUACGAUGAGACGGUGCGGCCGCUCAUCGACUCGGUGCUGCAGGGCUUCAACGGCACCGUCUUCGCCUACGGCCAGACCGGCACCGGCAAGACCUACACCAUGCAGGGCGCCUGGGCGGAGCCCGAGAAGCGCGGCAUCAUCCCCAGCGCCUUCGAGCACAUCUUCACCCACAUCUCCCGCUCGCAGAACCAGCAGUACCUGGUGAGGGCCUCGUACCUGGAGAUCUACCAGGAGGAGAUCAGGGACCUCCUCGCCAAGGACCAGAGCAAGAAGCUGGAGCUGAAGGAGAACCCCGAGACCGGGGUGUACAUCAAGGACCUCUCCUCCUUCGUGACCAAGAACGUCAAGGAGAUCGAGCACGUGAUGAACCUGGGCAGCCAGACGCGUUCUGUGGGCAGCACCAACAUGAACGAGCACAGCUCGCGCUCCCACGCCAUCUUCCUGAUCACCAUCGAGUGCAGCGAGACGGGCCCGGACGGCGAGGAGCACAUCCGCGUGGGCAAGCUCAACCUCGUGGACCUGGCUGGCAGCGAGCGGCAGAACAAAAUGGGGGCCCACGGAGAGCGCCCCAAGGAGGCCUCCAAGAUCAACCUCUCCCUCUCGGCCCUGGGCAACGUCAUCUCGGCGCUGGUGGACGGCCGGAGCACGCACAUCCCCUACCGGGACUCCAAGCUCACCCGCCUGCUGCAGGACUCCCUCGGGGGCAACGCCAAGACAAUCAUGGUGGCCACCUUGGGCCCGGCCUCGCACAGCUACGACGAGAGCCUCUCCACCCUCAGGUUCGCCAACAGGGCCAAGAACAUCAAGAACAAGCCCCGGGUGAACGAGGACCCCAAGGACACCUUGCUGCGGGAGUUUCAGGAGGAGAUCGUGCGGCUGAAAGCCCAGCUGGAGAAACGCGGGAUGCUGGGCAAGAAGAGGAGGAGGAGCAGCCGGAGGAAGAAAGCAAUGGAUGGAGAGGGCACCGUGGACAAUGAAGGGGAGGACGAGAAUGAGGAUGGCCUGGAGAAGACCAUGGAGAAUUACUUGAAGGAGCAGAAGGAGAGGCUGGAAGAGGAGAAAGCCGCUAUCCAGGAUGACCACAGCCUGGUGAGUGAGGAGAAGCAGAAGCUGCUCCAGGAGAAGGAGAAGAUGAUAGAGGACCUGCGGAAGGAGCAGGAGGCCACGGAGCUGCUGGCCAUCAAGUACAAGGCCAUGGAGAGCAAGCUGCUGAUCGGGGGCAGGACCAUCGUGGACCACACCAACGAGCAGCAGAAGAUGCUGGAGCUGAGGCGGCAGGAGAUCGCCGAGCAGAAACGCCGGGAACGGGAGAUGCAGCAGGAGAUGCUGCUGAGGGACGAGGAGACCAUGGAGCUGCGCGAGACCUACACGUCCCUGCAGCAGGAGGUGGAGAUCAAAACCAAGAAGCUCAAGAAGCUCUAUGCCAAGCUGCAGGCUGUGAAGGCUGAGAUCCAGGACCAGCACGACGAGUACAUCCGCGUGCGCCAGGACCUGGAGGAGGCCCAGAACGAGCAGACACGGGAGCUGAAGCUCAAGUAUUUGAUCAUCGAGAAUUUCAUCCCUCCCGAGGAGAAGAACAAGAUCAUGAACCGCCUGUACUUCGAUGGUGAUGAGGAGCAGUGGAAAUUCCAGCCGCUGGUUCCUGCCGGAGGGAGCAGCUCCCAGAUGAAGCGGCGCCCGACCUCGGCCGUGGGCUACAAGAGGCCCAUCAGCCAGUACGCCAGGGUGGCCAUGGCCAGGAGAUCCCACCCCCGCUUCCGGGCUGAGAACAUCAUGUUCCUGGAGCUGGACCUGUCCCCCCCGGCCAUCUUCGAGUUUGAGCGCAGCAGGGACCCUGCGGCGGAGCAGGACCCGCGGGCGCUGCACCUGGAGCGGCUGAUGCACCUGGACAGCCUCCUGGAGCGGCCAGCGGCCUCCCGCGUGCGCAAGUCCCGCUCCUGGUGCCAGACGCCGCGGUCGCUGCCGUCCUCCACCACCCACGUGUCCCUGGCCUCCAGCUCCCCGUGCGCCGCCCCUCUGCCGGCCCAGGAGUGACCGCCCGGACGCCUCGAACCGGACUGAGCCCCCGAGGGCCGAGGGGGGCCCGGCCCAGCGGCCCCAGCUCGUCCUUGUCCUCAGCUACUUUGUGUGUGUUUGUGCGAGACACGAACGGCCCCGGGCCAGGGCGGCUGCCCCUCCCUCCCCUCCUCUCUCCUCCCCUCCCUCCUCCCUUUCCUCCUCCCCUCCCUCCGCCCCCCUGAUCCCAAUCUGUCACUUUAUUUAUUUAACCUAUUUAUUUAUGGAGCGGAGGCAGGAUUUGUGCUCGGACUGAUGGACCUCCAGGCUGGCAGUAGGCACCGUGCUGACCUCCCCGGGUUUGCCCAGCUCCCAGCCCUGCCCACACCACCCUGGCACAGGGCUGGGCACGGGGACACCACCCUGGCACAGGGCUGGGCACGGGGACAGCACCAGGACACUGCUCCAUCCCGGCAGGAGGGGCACGGGUCCCUCUGCAGGGGCUUUGGCAGAAGCUGAGGCUGCCCUGGCCCCUGGUGCUGGCUUUGCUGUACUGGAUCCCAGGGAAUUUGGAGAUCUCUGCGUGGAUUGGGAGACUUCGUGGUGGCAGUGCCUUGUCAGAGUCCCCCUGAGGGACUCCCCAGCCUGCAUCGACUCUGGUGGCAGCAGGGACACCUCACCCACUGUGGGCACGGCUGGCACAGCUCCAUCCACAGGGCUUGCAGAGUCGCCAGACCAAGUCACCCAAAGGCCACAGGGCUUUGUCCAGCCGUGCCACACCCUGGGGACACCCUGGGGACACUGGAGACAGCCCCACCAAGGCUGCCAUCGCUGACCGUGGGUGUGCAGCUCCUGACACGGCCCGAGGUGGAAAUCUGGAAAUGUCCAGCCCCUGCAGGGACACGCCCAGCCCGGGAGCGGCGCCGCCUGCCCGAGGCUCCAUCUGCAGCUAAAGGGACAGGGAAAUGCGGGACAAGGAGGUGACACCCAGGGCAGCGAUGGCAUCGCUGUCCCCUGGACAAUGGCACACGGAGGUCACCUCUGUCACCUCCUGGUUGGGACAAACUGCCUGGUGGGGUGUGGAGGACUGGAUUGGAAUGGUGAUGGGUAAGAGGGGGAAGCCACGAGGGCUCUGGGGGCUGAAUCCUGCCCCAGCAGGUGCAGGGACAGCACCUGGUGUCCUACACGGCUCUCGGGUGGAGGGAAGCUGGUGAAGCAGCUCUGGUGUCCCUGGCAUGGUGGAGGUGGGGACAUCCCUGUGAUGGAUGAGAUCCCUGUGGAUGAGGGAGCAACCCCUGGCUCUCCUGGGUCAGCAAAGGGCCGGACAGGAGGGCAGGUCAGGGAGGAUUGCGGGUGGGAAAUGUCCUCUGGAAACAAAGAGAAUUCCUGCACAGGGUGGAUGAGGUUGGAAGGGACCCUGGAGCUCAUGCAGUCCCUGGAGCAGUUACUCAGGGAUGUGGCCAGGUGGGUUUGGGAUCUCCAGGGAAGGAGACUCCAGCACUGUUCUGGGCAGGCUGCUCUUUGCUGUUGCCUGGUCCCCGCUCCCCUCGCUGCUCCUGCACUCAGGACAGGGGUGAGGGAGGGCGAGGGAGCAAAGCACAGGCCUGGAAUGGGGACAUCCAGGGGGAAGCAGGACCUGUGCUGAGCUCAGAGCCAGGCAGGUCCCUCAGCAGCCAUGUCCCAUCCACACGUGGCUGUGCUGGGCCAUCCACUGCCCUUCCCAGCUGGCCUGACACAUCCCUGCACUGCCCAGGGGAUCCUUUCCCCUUCCAUCAAACAUUGCCCUGCCUUGAGCUCUCCAUCAUAGCCCUGUGCUCCUCCCUUCCCUUUCCAUCUGUGCCCCAUAGCACCUGUUCUGUGCCCCAUAGCACCUGUUCUGUGCCCCAUAACACCUGUGCCCCAUAGCACCUGUUCUGUGCCCCAUAACACCCUGUUCUGUGCCCCAUAGCACCUGUUCUGUGCCCCAUAACACCUGUGCCCCAUAACACCUGUUCUGUGCCCCAUAGCACCUGUUCCCCAUAGCACCCUGUUCUGUGCCCCAUAACACCUGUUCUGUGCCCCAUAGCACCUGUUCCCCAUAACACCCUGUUCUGUGCCCCAUAACACCUGUGCCCCAUAGCACCUGUUCUGUGCCCCAUAACACCCUGUUCUGUGCCCCAUAGCACCUGUUCCAUGCCCCGUAACACCUGCUCUGUGCCCCAUAGCACCUGUUCUGUGCCCCAUAACACCUGUUCUGUGCCCCAUAGCACCCUGUUCCAUGCCCCAUAAGACCUGUUCUGUGCCCCAUAACACCUGUUCUGUGCCCCAUAGCACCCUGUUCCGUGCCCCAUAACACCUGUUCCGUGCCCCAUAGCACCUGUUCUGUGCCCCAUAACACCUGUUCUGUGCCCCAUAGCACCCUGUUCCGUGCCCCAUAACACCUGUUCUGUUCCCCAUAGCACCUGUUCUGUGCCCCAUAACACCUGUUCCCCAUAGCACCUGUUCUGUGCCCCAUAGCACCCUGUUCCGUGCCCCAUAGCACCUGUUCUGUGCCCCAUAGCACCCUGUUCCGUGCCCCAUAGCACCUGUUCCGUGCCCCAUAAGACCUGUUCUGUGCCCCAUAACACCUGUUCUGUGCCCCAUAGCACCCUGUUCCGUGCCCCAUAACACCUGUUCUGUGCCCCAUAGCACCCUGUUCUGUCCCUCCAGGACCUUUGUCCCUUCUCCCCCAGCCCAGGCUGUAGCUUGCUCCGAGGACUGAGCUCCCUCCCCUGGCAGCAGCCAGGCCCAGGCUGUGCCCAGCCUGGCAGGAGGGAGCAGGGGAAAGUGUUGGAGGAGUCCCUUCCAUGCUGUGGGCUCAGGGCUGCCCACAGGUGCCCCCACAGCCAGGGGUGUCCCAGGGCAUCCCCCAGAGCGAGCUGGCCCUGGGGAACCAUGCCAGCCCUGGGAAACCACCCCAGCCCUGGGAAACCACCCCAGCCCUGGCAAGGCCAGGCUGGGGAGGCUUGGAGCAGCCUGGAACAGUGGAAGGUGGCCCUGCCAUGGCACUGGGUGAGCUUUAAAGUCCCUUCCAGCCCAAACCAGUCUGGGAUUCCCUGAUUCUGUGGUUGGGAGAGCUGGUUUGUUAUUUAAUUUCCUGGAAAGCAUCUGGGAGUUGGGGUCAGGAAGCACAGACUCAGAAUGAGGGGAAGCUUGGGGGGCUGCAGGAAUAGAAUUUCCUCCCCUCCUUGUUUUCCAGCAGUCCCAGUUCCCCUUCAGUGGAUCAGCAGCUCGUGGAGCCCCAAAGGGAUGAACCAGAGACCUUCUCUGGCCUCUGUUCUCACCCAGGGUGUAGGAAACAGCUCUGGAGCUGAGGGUGUGAGGGUGUCCUCAUCCCCGGGCCAUGGAGCACCCCAGGAAGGGUGGCUGGGCCCAGGAGGAGUGGCUGUGCCCAGGAAGGGUGGCUGUGCCCAGGAAGGGUGGCUGUGCCCCAGGAGGAGUGGCUGUCCCCAAGGAAGGGUGGCUGUGUUCAUGGAGGGUUCCUCCAGAAGCCUUUGCAGCACAGCUGUGGUCAUGGUGGGAUCCUCUGGAAUUCCAGCAGAGCUGUGGUCAUGGUGGGAUCCUCUGGAAUUCCAGCAGAGCUGUGAUCAUGGUGAGAUCCUCUGGAAUUCCAGCACAACUGUGAUCAUGGUGGGAUCCUCUGGAAUUCCAGCAGAGCUGUGGCCAUGGUAGGAUCCUCUGGAAUUCCAGCAGAGCUGUGGUCAUGGUGAGAUCCUCUGGAGCCUUUCCAGCAGAGCUGUGAUCACAGAGGGAUUAGCUGGAAUUCCAGCAGAACUGUAAUCCUGGUGGGAUCCUCUGGAGCCCUUCCAGCAGAGCUGUGGUCAUGGUGGGAUCCUCUGGAAUUCCAGCAGAGCUGUGGUCAUGGUGGGAUUCUCUGGAAUUCCAGCAGAGCUGUGAUCACAGAGGGAUCCUCUGGAGCCCUUCCAGCAGAGCACAAGGUGGGAAUCGCCAGCGCAGGGGAUGGGAUGAGGCACUUCCAGCACCAAGAGCCGCUCCCGAGCUCUCCCUCCUCCUCCUCCAGCCGCGGCGCCGCCGGGAGCCGUCCCCGCACGCCAGCAGGGCGGGGAGCGCUCGGGCUGUCGGUGCCGUUCGCUGUCCGUGUGUCCCAGCGGGGCCAGGGGCUGGGCCGGGGCUUCCUUUCGUUGUUGUUGAACUGUUCUUUUGGGGUUCAGGUUUGGCCGUUUUUCCGCGGGAAGGGGGGUGCGGGUCUGUUGCGGGUUCAUGGACAAGGUGAGGGCCUCGAUUAGGACCAAAUUUUCGUGCCUGUUGCUCUGGUGAUUUAUUUAGAAAUCAAAAGUUUACUGUCUGGUGGCCCAUCCUUGUCACUCUAUACAUAGGACUAUACAGGACAUAUUAUAAAUAUAUAUAUAUUAUACAUAGUGUCGGGAGAGAGGCCGUUCCUGGCGGGAUGGACACUCCUCACUGUGCUGUAAUGUAGCUUCGAGCCCGCGCUGGGAGCGCCCUCCAGGAUGGCAAGGACACAAUAAAGGAAUGAGUGAGCAUCGCUGCCCGGCCUCCGCAGCCUCCUUAGCCCGGCCGGGCCGGGAGCAGCUGGCACGGAAGGGAGGGAGCGAGGAUUCCUGGAUUCCUUCCUUCCCCCGGGAU